AUGUACUGCAUUUUAGUAUACAUAACUUACGAGGAAUUUCAAAGGCAAAAUUCGGAAAAUCACGAAGAUGACGUAUUUUUGAAACCGCCCGUGGUAAACAAGGAAUUAUUUUUUAAUCCCAACUGCGUUAUAGGGAUUAUUUUCGAUUAUCUUUUGGAACAAACGGGAAUACCGAAAGAACUGAAAAAUAAAAUAGAUUUACGCGACGAGAACGGGAUUUCUAUGGAAUUAAACCGACACCCUCCUCAUAACAACGGCUUGGAGAUUUUUAUAUUCAAGAAAAAAUAUAAUUUGGUGUUAAUUACAGAUGAUCAAGAAAUUCUACCUUUAAUAGCUGAUAAUUUACCCAGAGAUGCUCCUGAGAAAGUAACACCCGAAAAAGCUGUCCCUGAUAAAAAUUAA